CGUUUGGUUGAGCUCGUCAGGCACCUCUCUGCCACUUCGUCAGUCUCCUCUCUACCGGCUCCACCCACUCGAAAUUUUGCCUCCUUCUACACUCUCCCCGUCUUUCGUUAGUCCUGUUUGACUGCACUGUACUUUUCUACAUCUGUUAGGUUGAGCCCGUCAGUGUUUUUCUCCACCACAAAUUGCUCUUCUUUCCCUUUCUUCCUCUGUCUUCUCUUCACCUUCUUUUUGGUACUAUAUUGCUUUGUCCACGCAUCUUUUCCCCUCUCUCCCCCCACUCUGUAGCUACUCCCCUUCGGAACUUACUGUGCCUUUCGCCCCCUUUCGCGUCUUCUCUACCUACUGUCUCCUCUUGCCUGUUGACUGUUUAGGUGGCUGCCAUCAUGAACCAUGUUGUUUCUUCUCCUUGCCUCUCCCCACAAUCGGCCAUUUGCUCUUUCGUUCCUGUUUUGCUAUUGCUGCUGCUGCUCCUCCUUGCCCGUUUCACUGCGCCAGCGCCGUUUCAGCUGGAUCCUCUGGCUUGUCCUUUCUGCUUUCCUUUGCCUAUUACUUCAGAAACUGGUGCUCCAUUACAAAACCUCAAAUCAGCUGAAAUACAAGCCGAAAAGAAGAUAAGCCUAAAUCCAUGGAAGCUCAUAACAGUAACAAAGAUUUCACAAUAGGAUGCAUACCCUCCAUCAAGACCCCUAUUGGAGAAGAAUUUCAAGGCCAAGUCUUGACCUUUGACCGCUCAUCCAACAUACUUGCUCUUAAUAUCCUUCUACUCCUGUUUUAUCAAGAUUUUCCCUUAAAAAGUUUCAUUUUUUCUUCUCAGUAUUUUCGCAUGCAUUUACAGUAUUUAUUAUGAAUUGGUAAUUUUUCUUGUGGGUUUUGAAAUUCUUUAACUUUGGAUUUGAGAAAUACAAGAAGGAAUACAUUUUGGGUCAAGGCCAAACAGGAAUAUUAGGCUAUUGAAAGCCAAUUACAUCAAGGAGUUUACCUUUUUGGGUCAAAGUGAAGACCCUCUUGAUCUCAAGAAAUGUUUUUAUUGAUCUUAAUAAUCUUCAAGCCAGAGAAGACUCUGCUAUUACGUAUUUCGAAUUUUUUAUUUUAAUUUCUGACCAAGUUGUGGAUUUGGACUAUUUUGUGAUUAUUGUGGUUGAUUUUAUAAGUAGCAUUUUUCAGGCAAGCUGAGUUAGAGGCUGAAAGAUUUAGGAUUGCUGUUACAGCUGAAGCUCAGAGCAUUUUUUAUGCUCUGUCCAAAACGGUUUGCCACAAGCUUUGUUAAGCAGAAUUGGAUUUCUAAAGGGAGUGCUUUUUCUUCCAACUCUUAAUACGGGAGACGAGAAAGUGAUUGCUGAUAUUGCUUGCUUGAUGUCAGAAAUUGGUCAGACAGCACCAUCUUUGAUUUUGAAAGCAAGUCCUGAGGCAGUAAUACUCAUGGAUGCUCUGUUGAGUUGUUCUACUUUUCCACGUGAAGAUUGGGAAAUUGCUAACUCAAUCUUGCAGUUCUGGUCAAGUCUUGCAGGUUGUAUUCUUGGGCAUGAUUUGAGUGGUGGAGGAGAUAGAAAGAAUAUACAAGAAGUGAACGAUUCUAUGUUUAUUGAUGAUGGAGAAGCUAUUGAUCUGCCCGAUGGCCUUGUUCAAUUUCGGAUGAAUUUUGGUGGAACUUUGCGUUGAUAUCUGUUAGAUUCUAGGCUCUGCUGCAUUCAGGCUAUCUCGAGCUACUAUGUUCAGCAUUAUAAAUUCAUACUUUUUGGAUGCUUUUCUAGGCGUUGAUCAGCUCAGCUUCAACAACCUAAACAUUCAAGACUAAAAUUGAACUUGUUUGAUUUUCGUAUUUAGAAUGCCUGUAGAACUAGAACCUCUUUCGGAUGACUAUUCAAUAUUUAUAACAAAACUAUAUUACUCAAAUAAU